UACCAUGCAAUUGCAUCUGCAAGUUCCGUCUUAGAUUCAGGAACUCCAUAGCCAAAGCCGGAAUUGCGACCACACCGAGUCCGUUGUCGACGAGAUAUUUAUCUUCGAAUUGUCUUGCUUCGAACGGAGCUGUACGUCAGCAUAAUUCUAGUCCGCCAUGGCUCCGCCUGCGUCGUCUCAUCGAACUCCAUCGCCGUCCCAACCAUCGGGAAAAAGCGAAGUAUCUGAUCUGAAAUCACAGCUCCGGCAGCUUGCUGGAAGCAGAGCACCGGGUGUUGAAGAUUCCAAGAGGGAGCUUUUCAAGAAAGUGAUAUCUUACAUGACUAUUGGGAUUGAUGUAUCGUCUCUCUUUGGAGAGAUGGUGAUGUGCUCCGCUACAUCAGACAUCGUUCUUAAGAAAAUGUGCUAUCUAUACGUUGGCAAUUAUGCCAAGGUGAAUCCUGAUCUUGCUCUGCUCACAAUUAAUUUUCUUCAAAGGGAUUGCAAGGAUGAGGAUCCAAUGAUUAGAGGGCUUGCUUUGAGGAGCUUAUGUUCACUUCGCGUUGCAAAUCUUGUUGAGUAUCUGGUAGGGCCCUUGGGUUCUGGCUUGAAGGAUAACAAUAGUUAUGUGAGAAUGGUGGCAGUUACGGGGGUUUUGAAACUAUAUCAUAUAUCUGCUUCGACGUGUGUAGAUGCUGAUUUUCCAGCUUCGUUGAAGCAUUUGAUGCUCAAUGAUCGAGAUACUCAGGUAGUUGCAAAUUGUUUAUCUGCUCUACAAGAGAUUUUGACCUCAGAAGCCAGCUCAUUGGAAGAAGCAUCUAGGGAAAGAGAGGCUUUGCUCAGUAAGGCAGUUGUGUAUUAUCUUCUGAAUCGGAUCAAGGAAUUUAAUGAAUGGGCACAAUGUCUUCUACUUGAAUUGGUCUCCAAAUAUGUACCUUCAGAUAGCAAUGAGAUUUUUGAUAUCAUGAACCUUCUUGAAGAUAGACUUCAGCAUGCUAAUGGUGCUGUUGUAUUGGCAACCACCAAAGUUUUUCUACAUUUGACUUUAUCCAUGACUGACGUUCACCAACAGGUCUAUGAACGGAUUAAAGCGCCUCUCUUAACCCUAGUGAGCUCAGGAAGCCCGGAGCAAUCUUAUGCAGUUCUAAGCCAUCUGCAUCUCCUGGUGAUGCGUGCUCCAUUUAUAUUUUCCUCAGACUAUAAACACUUCUAUUGUCAGUACAAUGAGCCAUCUUAUGUCAAAAAAUUGAAGCUUGAAAUGUUGACUGCGGUGGCAAAUGAAAGCAACACUUACGAAAUUGUGACGGAAUUAUGUGAAUAUGUUGCAAAUGUUGAUAUUCCCAUUGCAAGAGAGUCGAUACGUGCUGUUGGGAAAAUAGCACUGCAGCAGUAUGAUGUGAAUGCAAUUGUUGAUCGACUUCUGCAGUUUUUGGAGAUGGAAAAGGACUAUGUGACUGCUGAAGCUCUGGUACUUGUUAAAGAUCUUCUGAGAAAAUAUCCACAAUGGAGUCAUGAUUGCAUUGCUGUUGUCGGCAGCAUCAGCAGUAAAAAUAUUCAAGAACCAAAGGCGAAAGCAGCUCUUAUCUGGAUGUUGGGGGAGUACUCACAAGACAUGCACGAUGCCCCAUAUAUUCUAGAGAGUUUAAUUGAGAACUGGGAUGAUGAGCCUUCUGCUGAGGUUCGCCUACAUAUUCUCACUGCAGUGAUGAAGUGUUUCUUCAAAAGGCCUCCUGAAACUCAGAAGGCCUUGGGAGUUGCACUGGCAGUAGGUCUUGCUGACUUCCACCAGGAUGUGCACGAUCGAGCACUAUUCUACUACAGACUUCUGCAAUAUAAUGUUUCUGUAGCUGAACGUGUCGUCAAUCCUCCAAAGCAAGCCGUUUCUGUAUUUGCUGAUACACAGAGCAGUGAAGUCAAGGAUAGAAUAUUUGACGAAUUUAAUAGUUUGUCUGUUAUUUAUCAGAAGCCAUCUUACAUGUUCACUGACAAGGAACACCGAGGUCCAUUUGAGUUCUCAGACGAACUCGGAAAUUUGUCUCUUGGUGCAGAGUCUGCAGAUGCCGUUGUUCCAGCUCAGCAAGUCGAGGCAAACGAUAAGGACCUACUUCUAAGCACAUCAGUGGAAGAGGAAACUAGAAUCGUAAGUAACAAUGGUUCUGCAUAUAGUGCUCCUUCAUAUGAAGGCUCCGUUGGAGCUCUCAUUCCUCAAGCGCCAUCAGAGUUUGCAGUCUCAAAUCCUUCCAUACCCGAGCCUGCUCCACCAUCGAGCUCUCCAAUUGAUGAUCUACUUGGCCUAGGUCUACCAACAGUGUCUGCUCCUGUUCCUGCGCCUGCGCCUUCACCACCUCCUCUGCAGCUAAAUUCAAAAGCUGUUUUAGCUCCAGGAACUUUUCAGCAAAAAUGGCGCCAGCUUCCUAUAUCUGUAUCACUGGAACAUGCUGUAAGCCCGAGAGGCAUUGCAGCUCUAACAUCACCGCAAGUCCUCCUCCGGCACAUGCAAAGCCAUUCCAUUCAUUGCAUUGCAUCCGGUGGCCAGGCACCGAACUUCAAAUUUUUCUUCUUCGCACAAAAGCAAGAAGAACCAUCCAACUUUCUGGUGGAGUGCAUAAUCAACACAGCAUCUGCCAAAGCACAGAUAAAGGUCAAAGCUGACGACCAAACUGCAUCACAAGCUUUCUCGUCUCUGUUCCAAACAGCUCUGGCCAACUUCGGUAUGUUAUGAGUGUUUGGCAUUAAGUGUUGAACGUUAAAGCCUCUCGAUCAAGUCGCCUGCAUUGUUGUAGGAACAGAAGGACAAAGACGUAGUAGUAGUUUUUUCAAAUUGGUUGUCGUAUAGAUGAGUGUAAAACGAGACUGAAGUCGCUGCACUUUCUGUUCCCCUACACCAAAUUACCAGUUGCUUGGAUUUUGCUCCAAUCCUGUGUUAUAGAAACUGCUCCAUUGUAAAAGCUUUUGUGAAUUUUCCUGUCCUGUAGUUAGUGUCCUUUUCUUCCCAUCUCCGUCCACUUCUUUAGACUGUUUAUCGGCUUUAUAUAAGAGAAAUAAUAUCCAAAACCCACUUGGUAAUUCUUAUUUCUCUGUUU